ACAAAUAAUUGGGCACCGGCAAUCACCAGGCCAGAGAUGUUGAGUCUGUCACCGCCCCAAAAAGCAAGCUCGAUUUGUUGACCGGUGAAGGCUACCACUCCAGGCUACAAGUGACAAGAAAGCAAACGAAACCUUCCAACGCAUGGCUGCAUCAAUCAAGCAACGGCAACUGUGGAGCAGCAGGAAUUAGAGUGGAACAGGGAGCAAAAGUUGCAUAGUCUCGUCGGGAACACCGCCGGCGUACGUCGACUCGUCGAGCAAGGAAAGAAAGCCGCGUUUCCUUCUUGCCAGUCAGUCAGACAACCGCACCAGCUUCAUUUCACCAGUGUCCCUGUCUCCUCCUCCAUCUCCUUCUUCCUCCGCCCCCCGGUCCAGGUGACCUAACAAGCACGCCAUUGCAAGCUGCUGCAGUUAAGGCAGAAUGGACUAGGCAUGCACAGUGCCUGACCUUCGAUUGGCAGGGUGCUGCUUUUGCACUGUUGCUCACUUCACUUGCUCUCCUAGACUUUGCAGCUUGGACGCGCAAAGCCAUUCCUUUCGUUCCUUUUCUUCCAUGCCUUUACCACGUUUUUCCAACCUGACCACCAUUCUUCCCUCCUACCUCGCUAAGGCAGCACACUACAAAUGCAUCAGCAUCCAACAGAAACCUUCCGUUCAUCUGUAGUCCAUUAGCAGGUUCUUGCUCCUACCAGUUUCUGUAAUCCUGUUCUCGCUGAGCUGAAGGCUGCAAGUUGCACAAACAGCAGAAUCCAUCGAUCGGUUGUUGCGGACUCUGCUGCCAAUAUCUUUCAUGGAUACUGGCAGUGGCACCAUCUUCCCGAUGCCGCAGAUUCCAGCGCUGCUGUUCCCACCGCCACCGCCGCCAUUGCCGUCUUACUUCAACUCUUACUCUUCUUCCACCUCUCACCAUCCAUCCAUCACCAGCUUCCCCAUCCUGGUGCUCACCGUGCUCGGCAUCCUCACCACCUCCGUCCUCCUCCUCACCUACUACGUCUUCGUCAUCCGAUGCUGCCUCAACUGGCACGGCUCCUCCGACAUGGCUGGCCUAAUCAGCCGCCGCCGCGGUGGCGCCGCCUCCAGCAGCAGCAGCAGCACCCUCCCGGUCUCCGGCACGCCCGCGGAGGCACGUGGGCUCAAGGAGUCGGCCAUCCAGGCGCUGCCGACGUUCAGAUACAGGAAGGCUAUCAAGAACAUUGCUGAUUCAGCUCCCACGAGCGAGUGUGCAGUGUGCCUCAGUGAGUUCGAGGAGGAGGAGAGGGUCAGGAUGCUGCCCAGUUGCCUCCAUGCCUUCCAUGUCGAUUGCAUUGACACUUGGCUCCAGGGCAACGCCAAUUGCCCACUCUGCAGAGCAGCCAUCACCAGCCACUGCCUGCUUCCACUGGAUCAGCUCCGGCGGUCCGAGGAGGUAGUCAUCCAGGUGGUCGCUGGCAAUGAGGAAGAAGAAGACACACAGGCACAGCAGCAAGAAGGCAGCAUUGCAGCUGCUGGAUCUGCCGGAGAUGCUACUACAGAUCAACAGGUCAGUAGUGAGAAGAGGAAGAGCAACAAUGCAUGGCAUAAUAGUGAUAUCAGCAGUAAGGGAGAUGAGUGUAUUGGAGUGAGGAAGGAUAGAGAUGUUCUUCCAUUGAGGAGGUCCUUCUCGAUGGGCUCACUGGGUGGUGGGGAGGUUCACCUGCAGAUUCAGAAGAUUUUGCAGAGGAACACUCACUUCCAUGGGGAUGACAGUGACAGCAGCAGCACAGUGUAGAGUAGGGAUUUUUAGUUUGAUCAAUUGGUGUAAUAUAAUUUUGCUGAGAAAAAAUAUAUCUUGGGUCAUUAUGUGUGCAAGUUUUCUUUUGUGA